ACGCUAAGUCGUCAGUACGUUCACAACAGCUUGCGCUUAAUUCGCUGCCGUAUAUCCGUUUCAACAUACUACAAGUCGCAGACAUAAAGCUUAAGAAUGAGUCACAAAUUUGUCUUAUUGGUUUGUCUGGCUGCCACAGUUUGCAGCGCAGCUAAGGUGCCCGUUGCCAUUUACUACGAAUCCCUGUGCCCGGACAGCGCCAAGUUUAUUACGGAACAGCUCUAUCCAGCUAUGAAGAGUGAACUGCGCGAUGUGGUCGAUAUCACAUUUGUGCCCUUUGGCAAAUCCCAGUACACCACACAAGGCUCAGAUGUGACCUUCACAUGUCAUCAUGGUCCAAAUGAAUGCUAUGGCAACAAGGUGCAUAAUUGCGCCAUUGACAAAAUCCAGUCCGAUUCCUAUCGACUUGAAUCCACCCGUGAAUCGCUGACUCUGGACUUUAUCAACUGCUUGAUGAAGGCGGGCAAUAACUUCCCGGACAAUGUUUAUCCUGGCCAACGUUGCGCCCUCGAAAGUCAAAUUAACUGGGAGAAUAUCAAGAUCUGUGCCAAUACCACCGAAGGCAGUGCUCUGCUGCGCACCGCUGGCGACACCACCCAGAAGCUAAAGGAACCACUCAGCUCUGUGCCCACCAUUUUGUUCAAUGAGCAAUUCGACAAGAAGGUCAACGAGCGUGCCCAGCAAAACUUCGUCGGAACUCUUUGCCAAUACGUCGGAGCUCCUCAGCCCCGCAUCUGUGCCCAGAAUAACUCCGCACCGGGUCUUUUUAAAGUCAGUGCCCUUUUCACAACUCUUUUGCUCGUUCGCUUUGCUUUCUAAAGCUCUCAACUGAAUAUUGUAUAUUGUCUUUACCUGACAAACAUUUUGAAUCUCUUUAAUUUGUAUAUUGUUUAAUUGUUUAUGCUGAAUUUUGUAACGCAGUCCAUCCAUUUUUAAAACUAUAAUAAAAUACCUCUAAAAUAUAAAGAUG